CCACAUCCACAUCCACAUCCACAUCCACAUCCACAUCCACAUCCACAUCCACAUCCACAUCCACAUCCACAUCCACAUCCACAUCCACAAUGUUCCGUCGCUUCAUCGGCCGCCUCGCUCCGCCCGUUAUCCCAGACGACGAUGCCACCCCGACCGAUAGUCCCUCAAGCCAAGCACAGCCCCGCUAUCGUUGUGAGCGCAGGACGAAUCUGGCCUUGGUCCUCGCCCUUCGUCGGCUGCUUGUCGCCCACUUUUGCGACCCUUCGACCCCCGUGCUGCCGGUCGAAGUCCUCCUGACCAUCCUGCAGUAUGCCGAACUCGUUCCCGUUGUCUCUCUCCGCAGCACAUCUCCUGCCGACAAUCUGCGCGAGGCCGAUGAAAUCUGGAUGGCCUACACCAUCCCCAGACUGGCGGGCCUCCGGCAUCUCCGACGGAUCCAGUUCUCGGUCGAGAGCCACGACCAAGGCUGGAGUAACGGAGAGGGCAAGGGCACCUUUCACAACAGCUGGACCUGGGGCGAGCUUCUGGUUCGCCGCCCGGACGGCUCCGUCAACCCGCUGCUCGCUGGCGGCAGCCAAACCUUUGGCACCACCGACCGCAUCCGGCUCUUCUUGAACCUGAGCGCCGUUCUGGACUGGAAAGAAUGGAAUUUUGACUCGGACGAGGCCACUCCUCCGUUCGUGCAUCUGAUCCAGCCGGGAGAUACUCUCGAGGUCCGUCUGCGAUCGGUGUUUCCGGGCUGGGCAAUCUCUGCAAAGGACGGCAACCUGACGCUGCAGUUCGAACCCUGAGGAGACCGAGACCGUCCAUCUUUGGUUCUCGGGUCCUCCUCCGGAAUCGCAUGGGCAUACAGGGAUUUUAUCAUGUCUGUUCUAUUCCGGCGUCGCUCUUCUCGUCAACGACGAUUGCCGCCCUCAUCCCGCCGUUCAUCCCACAUCAGGAGAUACAUCAUUCCCAAAAUGAAAUGGGACUGUUGUAAUUCCCUGAGACUUGAAUACACACACUCGCUCAUCGUUCCCAUGA